UCAUUUUCUCCCAUGUGACACAAUAUAGUCACAAUACAUUUUUGUACAUUAGACUGGAUAUAUGAGGCACAUUUGAUAGCGAAACUUUAAUAACAGUCCAGACAAACCUCCAAGAAAACAUCAACAUUUAUUUUAUCCUCGUUUCUGUUCUGUUCUGACUAGUGAUAAUCCGCCUUUAUAAAUCCAGGUGGAUUAAAUAACCUCCAGGAACAUCCCAGCAGUCAUCCCAAAGAGAAAAUGUGUCUGUACGUAUCAAAGUUGGCAUUUCCUGUCGCGACUGUCAUGAGUUCCGAGUACUGACAUUUCCUCCGGAGGAAUAUAUCGGUCGUACCAUAACAGGAAACAGCAGUGCAGCAGUGGCAGUGGCUGGUCUCCUUUGAAUGUGAUAUUUUCUCUGCUUCAGUGGGUGACGUUUUCUGAGGGGAAAAUAAAUAAAUAAUGUCAGUCUGACCUCAGAGGAACACGAUGCUCCCAGCCAAGCUGACUCUGAAUGUCCUGAACCGGAUUCACCAUGGAUCCUCUUACCCCUGCCUUUACUCCCUGUCAAACGGCCUCCUUCACAUGGAAGGACGAAGGACUAGAGAUGGUCUUCACUCAGACUCCAGUAUGUUGAGGAGAGUGUUUUACAGCCAGAGUGCAAUCCGCCCAUCACUCAGACUACGUGAAACACAGCACUAUGGGAGAAGAGCUUUCAGUUUGUCAGCUGCUACAAUCGUCAAUGCUGCUCCAGCACCUGUCCGGCCAUAUCUCCGAUUGAUGAGGCUGGACAAGCCUAUUGGGACAUGGCUGCUGUACCUCCCGUGUACAUGGAGCAUUGCUCUUGCUUCUGACCCCGGAUGUCUCCCACAUCUGGGCAUGCUCACCCUGUUUGGUACAGGUGCUCUGCUGAUGAGAGGAGCGGGCUGCACCAUCAAUGACAUGUGGGACAGAGACUUUGACAAAAAGGUUUCCAGGACGGCCACUCGACCCAUUGCGUCAGGAGAGAUUUCUCGGAUGCAGGCAUUGGUCUUCCUAGGAGGGCAGCUCUCUCUGGCACUUGGGGUUCUCUUGUGUCUCAACUAUUACAGUAUAGUUUUGGGUGCUGCGUCAUUAUCACUUGUCAUCACCUACCCGCUGAUGAAGAGGAUCACUUACUGGCCACAGUUUAUGUUGGGCCUCACUUUCAAUUGGGGAGCACUGCUCGGCUGGUCCGCUGUCAAAGGCUCCUGUGAUUGGUCUGUGUGCCUCCCGCUGUAUUUCUCAGGAGUGAUGUGGACGCUGAUAUAUGACACAAUAUAUGCACAUCAGGAUAAGGAGGACGAUGUCAAAGUUGGAGUCAAAUCUACGGCCCUGAGGUUCCAGGAGCAAACCAAACCAUGGCUGAGUGGCUUCACGGUGGCCAUGAUGUCAGGACUUGUUGCAGCUGGGGUCAAUGCUGAGCAGACUCUCCCUUACUAUGCUGUACUGUCCACAGUGGCCCUUCACCUAACGUAUCAGAUUUACACAUUGGACAUUAACAAACCAGAGGACUGCUGGAAGAAGUUUGUCUCAAACAGAAACCUUGGACUGUUGUUAUUUUUAGGCAUUGUUGCUGGCAAUUUAUGGAAAGAAAGAAGAGAGACUUUGCUGCAAAAUGAGGAAGCAUUCAGAUAAGUGAGAUAAUAAUCAGUACAAAUAUUGUUUUAUUACAUUUGCAGUAGAUCACAUACUGCAACGCUGCAGAGUACAUUUUGGGAUAUUCAAAGCUCUGUGAGACUGCAAAAGAUGUUAUUGGAUACAUUUUCUUUUCUUUGUUGGUUUAAAAAUUCACUUGGAUAUUGUUGAAAUUAAAUUGAUAAAUGUGUAUCAGAUCUCGAGUGGUUGCGCACAAACACACAGAAAUCAGCAACAUUCAGUCAUAAUAAACAUGCCUAAUUGGGGAAAUUGAACAUAUUGUUGUAAUUGUUGCUGAGUACGCCUCAAAGCCGCAUUAAGCAAUUUCUACCACUAGGGAGCAGAAAGAUACCAAAACUGCAUCCACCUUAUAAAGCCUCUUCUGGUGUUUUAGUUUAAUUUUUGUCCACCAACUGUUGGGGAAAAUAUCUGGCUCUUAACUUUUUUCAUGAGUUACUGGUUUACUUUCAGGCUGCUAGUGUACACUUGCCAUGUCUGAGCUUGUUUGCAAGUAACUGCUUAUUAUUGUAAUCACACUCUGAAAACAUGCUCUCUGUAUUGUGACACUUCUAAUGCUCAGACCAUGGCACACAAGACAAAGGUUUGUUUGUAAUAUGCACACCGAUGGGAAGCUGGUCGAGGUUGCUACUUUCAGUUAGCAUCUUGCGUGUCUUUGUUCUCAUUGUUGGUGUCCAGGUGGACAACAGUGCCUUAGUUUAAAUAAUCAGGCCAAGGUUCAUUCAGUCAGAAGUUACAGUGUACAGGAUUCAGCAUGAUCAAACAUAAAGGAAAUGAUUAUACAUGAUUACAUGUGCGUGAUAAAACACAAUUUAUUUUAUAUGAGCGGUUGGUGAGUUGUCACGUUUUAACCAGGCUGGUUUCACAACCAUAAUAAUGUGAUGAAAGACGCUUAAAGCUACACACACUGCUGGUAUGGUGCUAUGUCUCACAUGACAUUGUGUUAUUUCUGACUGUAACAAAUAAAAUAUUGCUAAUAUUGUCGUAAA